AUGGCCAUCGCCAUGACCUGGCACAAACCCGAUAAUGUUGCCGGCUCAUCUGCGCCGGCGAUCAUGAUAGGACUAUUCGUCGCGACAGGAGGACUCUUAUUCGGUUAUGAUACUGGUACAAUAUCUGGAGUAAUGGCAAUGCAUGCCUUUCGCAAACAGUUUUCGACUGGUUACGUUGACCCGACCGACAAUGAGUUAUCGAUAUCGCCUGGACAAUCCGCCCAAAUCGUUGCGAUAUUGAGUGCCGGGACAUUCUUAGGAGCAUUACUUGCGGCGCCACUGGGUGAUAAUAUUGGACGACGAAUAUCUCUCAUCAUCGCUGUCGGUAUAUUUUGUAUUGGGGUGGCACUACAGACUGCUGCAAUGCAUAUCCCGAUGCUUAUAGCUGGAAGAUUCUUUGCGGGCUUAGGUGUUGGAAUUAUAUCGGUUCUCGUCCCUUUAUACCAAUCGGAAAUGUCACCGAAAUGGAUUCGCGGAACUUUGGUAUGCGCAUACCAACUCGCUAUCACUUGUGGAAUUCUCCUCGCGGCCGUUGUCAACAUAUUUACCGAAGGUAUUGAUGGCGCAAAUGCCUUUCGAAUUCCCUUUUCGGUCCAAUUCGUAUGGGCAGGCGUUCUCUUCCUUGGCCUUGCUCUCUUACCCGAAACCCCUCGAUAUCUCAUCAAACGUGGUCAACAUCAGGCUGCUGCUUCCUCGUUAAGUCGUCUUCGUCGCCUUGACAUAACACAUCCUGCUUUGAUCGAAGAAUUGGCCGAAAUUGAAGCAAAUCAUGAGUAUGAGUUGAGCCUAGGUCCAUCAUCAUAUAAAGAUAUUUUCCUAGGCUCGCCGCAUCUCGGGCGUCGACUUUUGACAGGUUGUGUUUUACAAAUGCUUCAGCAAUUGACUGGAUGUAAUUUUAUUUUCUACUAUGGUACGACUUUCUUCAAGAAUGUCGGAAUCUCAUCACCUUACGUUAUUCAACUUAUCUCCAACAUCGUAAACACUGUCUCAACUCUUCCCGGUAUGAUUUUAGUCGAGUCCUUGGGCCGACGUCGUCUUCUCAUGGUAGGGUCAGCAGGAAUGGCAGUUUGUCAUUUCUUGAUUGCAUCGGUUGGAACCGCAGCACAGGAGGAGGCGAGAGCUGUGAAUAUAGUCAUCAUUGUAUUCGUCUGCUUGUUCAUCUUCUUUUUUGCUUCAUCCUGGGGACCCGUCGUCUGGGUUGUCACGUCAGAAAUCUUCCCAUUGAAGGUUCGAGCAAAGUCCAUGUCAAUAUCCACUGCUUCGAAUUGGCUUCUCAACUUCGCCAUCGCUUAUAGCGUUCCAUAUAUGACCAACAACGGUCCCGGUUAUACAAAUCUUCAGACAAAGAUCUUUUUCCUCUGGGCUUUCUUUUGUGUAAUUGCCUUUGCAUUCGUAUGGGGAAUGGUUUAUGAAACGAGCAAGAUCAGUCUUGAGCAGAUCGAUGAGUUGUAUGAACGAGUUGAACAUGCUUGGAAUAGCAACAGCUUUGAACCUAGUUGGAGUUUCCAAGAAAUGCGGGAUGAGGGCGCAUCUGCGAGUGGCAUUCAACUACAACUACAACUCGCCACUCAAGAAGAGCCGAGGAGACGAACGGGUACAAGUGCAAGCGCAACAGGAAGUGAGGGCACCAUGUCAGAGGAAGAUAAAAUCAUUGCAGGAUUAGGCGAUGUGGAUUUGAGUUAUUAA